AUGAACAACAGUAGGGAUAUGCAUGAGGAUGACUACUACUCGAUCAAAGCUGCAAAUGUUCAUGAGCCCGCUGCAGAAGUAGCAUUCACUCCAAAGCUUAGCGCUACUUCCAACAUGACCCAAAGUUAUGUGUUAUCAUCCAACCACCACCAUCAUCAGGUGGUUGGAGUGACGCAGUCGCAAGGCAGAAGUGGCGGUGAUUAUUGCUAUAAUGGUCACCAACCCUCCUCUGCAGCUUCGCAGCAAAGUUCCCGAUGGAAUCCAACCCCAGAGCAGUUACGGGUCCUGGAAGAGCUGUAUGGACAUGGAUUAAAGACACCAACGGCAGAACAAAUCCGACAAGUGACUGCGCGGCUUCAACACUUUGGAAAGAUUGAAUACAAGAAUGUCUUCUACUGGUUUCAGAACCACCGAGCGAGGGAGAGACAGAAGAGACGACAUGAACUCCUGUCCAUGCCUCAGUAUCACUCUAAGGAAAAACAACUUUGGAGCAACAAAGAAUCUGCAGGAGCUGCAGGACAGAGAAGGUCAAGUACUCUUGAAAUUGAGCACCAGAAUAAAUGGGCACUAUCAAACUACGGUAUUCUUGCUGAUCAGGAAUUAUCUUCAGUGCUGCAAAAGAGGAUGAGCAUGGUGACCGGCAAUUACUCCGGUCAAUUGGAGGAGCAAUCCUAUUUGGCUACACCGACCUCGGAAGAACAACAAACAAACGCAUCAGCUACAUUAAUAUACACAAAGCUCUUGGACUAUCAUCAUCUCCAUUAUGAUAAUGAUUACGGUAUGGUGUUGACUACACCCAAUAUUUACAAAGAAGCAGAAAGUAGAUUAGAAACUCAAACUCUGGAGCUCUUUCCACUUGAGAGCGACAAUGUUAAGGGUGUUAUGGAUACCGAAUCACCUAUGAUCAGAACCACAAACACAGACAGUAAGGAAGAUUUCAUGGCAUACCAAUAUUUUCAAUUUCUUUGA